AAGCUGCUGAUCCCAACCCGUGGGAGAGAAGGGGGUCUCUGACAGCUCCCACCCCUCCCCACUGCCAGAUCUUUAUUGGGUCUGAGUUUCAGGGGUGGGGCCCCGGCUGGAGGUUAUAAAACAGCUCAAUCAAGGAGUACAACCUUCGGUUUCUCUUCGGGGAAAGCUGCUUUCAGCACACACGGGAAGAUAUCGGAAACAUCCUAGGAUCAGGACACCCCAGAUCUUCUCGACUGUAGGCACGAAGGCUGUUUCUUCCACACAGCACUUUGAUCUGCAUUUAAGCAGGCACCUCUGUCCUGCGUUCCAGAGCUGCGUUCCCAAUGCUCCUCCUUUGGCUCACGCUGCUCCUGAGCGCUAUGCUCUGUCUCCUGCAAACGAAGGAGGAUCCAAACCCACCAAUCACGAACCUAAGGAUGAAAGCAAAGGCUCAGCAGUUGGCCUGGGACCUUAACAGAAAUGUGACCGAUAUUGAGUGUGUCAAAGACGCCGACUAUUCGAUGCAGGCAAUGAACAAUAGCUAUUGCCAGUUCGGAGCAAUUUCCUUAUGUGAAGUGACCAACUACACCGUCCGAGUGGCCAACCCACCGUUCUCCACGUGGAUCCUCUUCCCUGAGAACAGUGGGAAGCCUCGGGCAGGUGCGGAGAAUCUGACCUGCUGGAUUCACGAUGUGGAUUUCUUGAGCUGCAGCUGGGCAGUAGGCCCAGCGGCCCCCGCUGAUGUCCAGUACGACCUGUACUUGAACAUUGCCAACAGGCAUCAACAGUACGAGUGUCUUCACUACAAAACGGAUGCUCGGGGAACACGUAUCGGGUGUCGUUUCGAUGACAUCUCUCGACUCUCCAGCGGUUCUCAAAGUUCCCACAUCCUGGUGAGGGGCAGGAGCGCAGCCUUCAGUAUCCCCUGCAUAGAUAAGUUUGUCGUCUUUUCACAGAUUGAGAUAUUAACUCCACCCAACAUGACUGCAAAGUGUAAUAAGACACAUUCCUUCAUGCACUGGAAAAUGAGAAGUCAUUUCAAUCGCAAAUUUCGCUAUGAGCUUCAGAUACAAAAGAGGAUGCAGCCUGUAAUCACAGAACAGGUCAGAGACAGAACCUCCUUCCAGCUGCUCAAUCCUGGAACGUACACAGUGCAAAUAAGAGCCCGCGAAACAGUGUAUGAAUUCUUGAGCGCCUGGAGCACCCCCCAGCGCUUCGAGUGCGACCAGGAGGAAGGCGCAAACACGCGUGCCUGGCGGACGUCGCUGCUGAUCGCGCUGGGGACGCUGCUGGCCCUGGUGUGUAUCUUCCUGAUCUGCAGAAGGUAUCUGGUGAUGCAGAGACUCUUUCCCCGCAUCCCUCACGUGAAAGACCCCAUUGGUGACAGCUUCGAAGACAACAAGCUGGUGGUCUGGGAGGCGGGCAAAGCCGGCCUGGAGGAGUGUCUGGUGACUGAAGUACAGGUCGUGCAGAAAACUUGAGACUGGGGUUCAGGGCCUGUCUCAAUCUCCCUGGCCGGGCCAGGCGCCUGCACAGACUGGCUGCUGGACCUGUGCACACAGCCCAGGAAUGGACGUUCCUAAUGGGUGCUGGGCAUGGCAGAUGCCUGUGUAAUUUAGUCCGAAGCUGCCAGGAAGAGGAAAGAACAGAACUUUGUGUGUUUAUUUCAUGAUAAAGUGAUUUUUUUUUACCCA